AUGUCUUUCCUUCAUGGUGUUCUUGAGAGUGUGAAGGAUGAUGAUAACGUUAUAACAUACAAUAAUUACAUUAAAUCAUCAAAUAAUAAUGAUGAUUUACAUACUGUCCUUCAACAUCUCCACUCUUCCAUUGGCCAGGGACGCAGUGUGUUUGGUGACAAGAUUCAAGAGGUGGACGGAAGAACGGAAGACCUCAAGAAGGAAUUAGGUAAGUUAGCUAAUGAGAGAAUUCAUGACUCUAUUAAUUUUGUUGCAGAGAAAUCGGGAGUGAAGCUUCAAGAGCAACUGGCCAACUGGCAGCACACAUUAACUAGCAUAUCAAACACAGUAGAACACAUAGAAACUGAUUAUGUUAAUGUUGUAGAUAACCCACUAAGCACACAAAUAAUGCACGAAAUAAAGCCGAUUGAGAUGGCGGUUGAGUUGUUAGAGGAGAGUGCGAAAAAUAAGGCCCUUAUAAAAGCUGUGGAAGAGACUGUUGAGACAUUUGAUUCUACGCGUAGGAACGUUGAUGAGACAGUGAGGAUGGAAUCUGAUAAGGUUACUAAGGCUUUACAAAAGAAGAUUGCAGAUCUUAUAAAACAUAAUAGUGAUGAAAUAAAAGAUACGGAGUUGAAAGUUGUAGAUGACGUGGAUGCAUUUUUCGUGAGAGCUGAGAGUCGUGCGAGACUUCACAUGACCAAUUUAGAAAAAGAGUAUAAAACGCAAAUUAGGGAGGCGCACAGUGCUUUGGUGACCGCUAAGGAAAAACUAGAAAAUCAUAAAGGUAAGGACAAUAAACUAUACAGGGCGAUUAUAGACCUGGAAGAGAGAUUUGACAAGUUGCAAGGCAAGGGUAAAUAUACCGCCACGGGUAGACUGGAUACUACAGAGAAUGCUAUUAAAAAGGCUCUGGAGGAAUUCGCUCAACAGUCUCAUUUGGUUCAUGGCGAACUUACAAGUAUUAGGAAGCCAUUGGAGGCAUGGCUGUCGAACGUUUGGCAGUUUGCUGUUGUGGAGGAUGACGUAACUGCCGACAUCGAAACGUUUGUGAAGCAGUAUAGAACGGUUCAUGAAAAACUUGACAGCAUUAAACAAGUUGUGCAGCCGAUGAAUGUUUCCUUGCCUGCAAAUAUCCGCAUAAUGACACCAAUGUCUCAGUCAGCACUUGAAGGGUUUUUUGAGGGGGUGACACAAGCAUUGCAAUCUAUACCGAGCAAGCUAAAAGUUGAUAUGGAAACGUUGAAAAAGACAUUAAAAGUUCCAAUGGAGAAAUUCAUCGAUACCAUUACAUACACAUACGUAAUUCAGGACCUUCUUAAAGGUUAUCCUCCGUUUGUCGAAUCCGCUUUUGACGCCGUCAACAAAGCUCUGGAUCCGAAUGCGGGGAGUACAAGCAAUAAUAUAUUCCACGGUUAUUCUGUGGCGAAUGAGGAAUUUAUGCGCAGCCUUAAAGACCAUAUGGAAGAGAUAAAUGGCAUGAUCAAGUCCGUUGAAAAGGAUAUUACAACUCUAAAAACGCAAUCUACGGAUACCAAUGAUCCGGACAGAAUUCUUCACGGCCUUGUAGGAAGCCUACCGAAAAAUAUGACGAGCCUUACCAAACAAAUUGACAGCAUAGUUGAGAAAAUCAAGCAGGCAGAUAUUAGCCUUGUGGGUACAGUCCAGAAAGCAAAUCAGCUUCAUGAGGCUCUUACACAGGAACACACUGCCAUGUUCGGCGAAAAAUUCAGUGACCUGAAAGAUCAGAUCAAAGCGCUGAAUAUUGGAGGCGUCAUCGUUGGCCUUGGUGAAGCCGUGAGGGAUGUUAACAUGAGACUUAAAGAACUCGAACAAGUUCCCGAAGAUGUCAAAAAAGCCAAGAAAAACGCAGAAUCACUAAAGGAAACAUUGAAGCAAGAGAUUACAAAUCUUAGAGACGAAAUCAAACAGACAGUUACCGGUAGAAUGCAUGCUCUGACGAAAAACGUGAAGGAUGUACUAACUUAUGCUCAAACGGACGCUGAAGAAUUUAUUGCCAAACUCUCCGACGCGUAUAGAAAGAGACUUAAAGAAGGCAUUGACGCUUUGGAAAAACAGGUUCACAUAAUGUUUGCACAACAGCAUAAAGCAGACUUGGAAUCACUUAAGAAAUUAGUCAUUUUGCAAAAAGAAAGAAUUGGCAGAUGUAUUUCCGACGACAAAAUCACGGGCCUAAAAGGCCUCUUCACACUACUUAACAAAAAACUUCCCGAGCUUAAUAAAAACGAUUUAAAAUCCCUUACCUCCACUUUCCAAUACCUGUACGACCAGAUGCACAGGUACGUCAAAUAUCAAAUUGACGGCGUCGAUGACGAAGAUCCUGCAUCCCAGUCACAGACUCCACAUCCACUUGCUGAUCUUCUAGUGAGUGUCACAAGUAAAGUAGACAGAUUGUUCUCUAGACUUGAGAUAUCGAAUCACUUUAACUAUGAAUUUAGAGAUAAUCUGCACGCAUUAGGUUGCGCACUGCAGGCUUUCACUCCGGCUAAAUUUGGCGGCCCGUGCACUGUUCUGCUAGACGUAGUAAAGGACGGCCUGCAGGCGUUAGCCGGGCAACUUGGGAAUGCAUACGUGAAUUCAUAUUCGGGUCUACGAUACAAGGAUGCCGACGAUACUAAAUAUAGCAAAAUAUUUAUGACGGUUGUUCCUAAAGUUGUGACAGAUUUGACUGAUCUUAGAGUAGAUUGUAAUGGGAAGUGCAGGGCACGAAAAAUCUACGCUUCAUCCCAGGGAAGUGAGAAUAUUCUCGGUGAUUAUUUCACCAACUAUGGAUAUAAAGUGUCGACAGGAAAGGACCUACAAGAUGGUGAGGUGCGGAAUAAUGGCGACCAACUAGCGGGCAUUCAUAUUGCGUCCAUGCUAGGGCCACAUUCUGCGAAGUUGUUCAAGUCGACGAAGCGUGGUGAUAAUUCCGGCAUACUUUAUGAUCUCUACGACUAUUUUGUCCAGUACAAUAAAGUCGGUCACAUUUCUAAAUUCACUUCCAAAAAGCACCCAUGUUCAGUAAAUGAUAUGCUUGUAUGGUAUGCAGGCCUCCCUUACAAUUCCGUAUAUUUAGAUUUGAUGUCUGACAGUUUCAGUGAUCUAUUCGACAAAGCGGAGAAAAAGCGCUCCGAAGAUGUAAAGGCAGACGAACUCACUGUUGAAAAACUCAACGAUCGGUCGUUGAAGGCUUACCCACGUGACGUAACAUACAGCGACAUACAUGAGGCAAUAACGCAUAUAACUUCCUACUCUCACCAGUUGCUUACAACUAUACGCGGACACGGAGACGAAUACACAACGUACGCCAGCGAUCUUUCCAACAACACGCUAGGCUUGUAUUACCCUUCCAGCGCCGGGGACUGUCUAUCCAUGUUUGUAGAUAUACUCGGUCGACUGAUUCAUCCGCUCAAAUAUUUAAAAACGCAGUGUAGUAUGUCUACUAAGCACAGCGGUUGGCGCGACUGCUUCUACGGCAGAGAUAUAAAGUCAUCUAUAUCUCAGUGUAUUGAUCACUCAAGUGACCAAGCAAUGUGCCAACCUACGUGUCAGGUAAAUGGCCAACCAAAGUGCCAACCAACGUCUCCAUUAAUGAGCUACCUAAAUGACUGCCUACCUGGUCACUUGCCUCACGAAGUAACAUCUAUUGGCUGUAGAGCCAGAUGCUCCACCUGUACUAAAUCUACACCCGGAAUGCCCUGUCUCACGCCUCUUGGCUUCCGGGCCUUUUCUGGCAGCACUAAAACUGGUUAUGCCUUAUGUAAAAGUAUUCGGGAAUUCUUGAGGAGUGAGUAUCUUUCAGCCCUCUUCUGUGCUUUGCCUAAACCGCCAUCCACGCUGCCACAACACCUCUCAUUUGUACUGUCAUUAGUACAUGAGUGGCAGAAUAGUGGAAAUCAUCUUCUUCGAAAAUGGAUUCAUUCAUCUAUUCAUGACGCAACAAUACAUCUAGAGACAAAUGGCCUAGAAUUGACCAAAGCGCUGAGAAAUGCGUACGGCGCUGACUAUAAUUGCCAUACUCGAACAGAGCACUGCGAUGUUAGGAGCGUUACCACUCUGGGUAUUUGUAGAAAAAAUAAUAGUGAAAUAUAUACAUGCGCUCCAUAUUUAUCCACUGUAUGCUCAGACAUGUACAAACUGCUAGCCAAAAAACACUGUAAUCUGUACCUCUCUUGGGCUGUAUAUUUGCCAUGGGCAUUCCUAGAAUAUCUUGAGCGACUGCUAGAUGCCAUUAAAGAAAUAUUCUGUUCGGAAUGGGGAUGCCGUAAAUGUCUUAACAGUGAUACAUGUAAACGUGGCAAGCACGGCGACGACGAACAUCUGUGUAAUUGUAUUACCAUUGUUCACUGUAGGGGAGUAGCGCCUACAUUAUACAAGUAUGGAUUCAACUUCGGUGACCCAAGAGAAUUAAAUGAUAUAAGUUACCCAAGAAAAUGUUCUGAUUUAGUUAGUCAAUUAAAAAAAGUUGUCAAAUCGGGACUCUUCACAGAACUAUUCGACGAGUGUGACAAUUUCCUGUGUACUAUCAGAUGGCCUUUUAUGCAAACGUUACUAGCCCUCUGGUCCCUCUCUUUGCUCUACCUGCUGCACAUCGCCGUCGUCCGCCUCGACGUCCUGAGGAUACGCUCCCACCUGCGAUCACCCUCAAGCCACCGCAUCGCCGCGCAGUCCCUCCUCGCCGCCGCACGCGUCAAGGCACUCGCCAACGUCAAGUACUUCUCACCAUAA